AUGGACGAUGUAAAAAAUAAAUCACUGUUGAUUAGUUCAUCGAAAUAUGAUAGUGAAUUUGAAGAUUUUACUAUUCAAACAGAUAAAAUUUUAUUGGAAGACAAAUCCACAGAUAGUUUUGAACAUUGUACACGUGAAAUUCAAACAGAUAAAAUUUUAAUGAAAUCAACAAUUUCUGUAAAUAAGAUCGACGAAGAUUUGGUUAACAGUAUUAUCAAUAUUAUCAAUGAUAACAAUAAUUCAUCGAAUGGGAUUUUUAAAAAAUUUGAUUCAUUUUAUAUCACGAAUCAAAUUUUAAUAUCGCUUAUAAAACAAAUCAAAUUACAGGGAUAUUCGUUACCGAUAAUUGGUAUUGAAACUGGUGCAAAUAGUCACCUGGCGAUAUUAUAUGGCAAGGAGUACCACGAUUCUUGGUGUUUUCAUACAGGCAAAGUAAUGCACAUCCAUCGAUCUAAUAUGUAUCAUAUCCCGUGUCCUGGAUGUCCUCUCGCUGUUAGGUUCGGUCCACAAGCAGUUCUGGCGAUUGGUACGACUACGGGAAAGAUUAUUCUUGCACUGAACGGUGAAAUUCUAUCAGAGAGUGAGAUAAGUCCCUUUGCGAUAAGUUCAUUACAAUGGCUAACACUGGAGAAUUUUAUUGUUGGAACACUUGAUGGCAAAAUUAUCGUAUAUACGAUGAAAUCGACCCAAAUUGUGGAACGAAAACGAACAUCAUUAUCGAUAAGUGAUUUGCCUAGGAAACUACGAAAAUCAGACUCUGAUAUGCGGUCAGUCGGAAUCACAUCCGUGGCGGUAUAUGAUGAUUUAUUUGUUGGUGGAGAGACAGGUAAUAUAUGGCGAAUAACGCUAUCAGAUUUUUCUAAGACAAAUUUUGGCUCGCAAAUUGGUUGCAUUGAAAGAAUUCUCUGCACUACAUCAAAACUUAUCACAUUGACUUCAUUAGCUAAAGCAGCGGUUUGGUCAUAUAGUGGUGAUAUUUUAAUUAUAAUUGAUAGCAGAAUAAAUGAUAUUAAUUUAAUAAAUUCAAAUAUCAUGGUGUUCGACACAUGCGACCAUAAUGAAAUAAUCUUCUAUAGUCUCGAUGAUAAUAAAGAAAUUAAUAGAAAACAAUUGUCGCAUUCUUUAUUCAGUAUUAGUGAUAACAAAUAUUUGAUUUACAUUGAUAAUGAUAUGGAACUUCAUUUUUACGAUAUUAUUUUCAAAUCGGGUUGA